UAUAGUAACUAAGCAAAGUAAAAUACAGUUUAAAUGAAUUCAAACCUAAACUUCAACUCUCAUUCCAUGCAAGAUCUAAAUGGUUUACUGAUUUCCUUAGUAUUGAACUUUAUGAGAAUACACAUAUUUUAUUGUGUUAAACGUCUUAGAUUUUAAUUUAAGUCUUGCUUUGAGAGUGUUUAAUUUGUUGGACAUUUUUCAACUAUUGUUGCACUUUUGGGUAAUUUUGUGAGUAGCUAGUGAAGAACUUAAAUCUUCCACAUUUUGAAUCAGUUUUCGUCCAAGUGGCAAUAAGAAUGAGUACUACCAAAGAGCGGUAAUGUAGUGAUGCCACCUAGUUACACUACUGGGUUGUACAGGCAAGACGACACUAGUGACAGACUCCAGUGGCCAGACCAAGCAUCAGUGCCCCCGCUGCCAGAGGCUCUACUCUCACUGGCACAGUAUGACCAGACACUUACGGCUGGAGUGUGGGAUGCCCCCCCAGUUCCGAUGUCCUCACUGUGACUUCCAGUCCACUCGCAAGGGGAGCAUCAAUGCACACAUCGCUGUCAGACAUGCCGCAGAAGCGGAGAAGUCCCCACAGAGCCAGUCUCGGUAUCAGUGUCCUGGGUGCAAGAAACUGUUCAGCUAUAAAGUGGCAAUGCUGAAACACCGUAACGAAUGUGGCCGAGUAUCCGCAUCACUCUCUUGCCCUAAGUGUGCGUUCGUGGCCCAACGCAGCGUUGAUCUCGAUGUGCACAUCGCGACCACACAUUUCGUGCUGUAACGGUUUUAGUUUCCAUUACCUUUAUUAUUGCAUUUCGUAAAGAGAGAGUACAGAUACUCAGAACAAAUUAAUUAAAUGAUCUAAAUUGAGAGUUUCCCCUAUUUUAAAAAUUGAAAAUAAAGUUCCUCCCAAAAAAGGGAAGGAGUAUCUGUUAUACUGCUAGCCACUGGAAUAGUAUUAUGCAGGAUCUGAAUUAAAUAUGAUUAACAAACUCAAACAAAUGGUAACAGUUUAAACCAGUAAUCAAGAUUUUUCGCAACAAGGACCUACCUUCAGUAAUUUGGGAUAAAAUCCAGAGAGUAGAGUUGGGGCAGCCAAAGCCGAGUCCUCUAAUUCAUUUCACUUAUUAUUUUAAUAUGUUCAUAUGAUUAGAAGAAGAAUAUAAGAAAGUCUAAUUUGGACAACCCUGAAAUGUUGUUGGUAAUUUAAAGCUUUUAGAUAUUAAGAUAUUAUUUUAUUAAUGCUUGAAUUAUUUUGUAACAAAUUAAGACUUAAGUCAUAUAAAAGUUUAUAUUGAAAGCUGACUCAAAAAGUGGACAUAGAAAAUUAACACAUUAUGAGCCGCGAGUGGCAUUUUUUUAAAGAUUUUUUAAAUUUUGAAGUUUUACUUGCCCUACAGUCCCAAAUCAUUAUAAACAUCCAAAAUUACCCCAGAGAAUAAGAUACAGAUUUGUUGUGGCCAAAAUAUAGUUUUACACGUAAGAAUACUCAUACUUAUGUAAUGUAUAACAAAGUUGUUAUAGACAAAAUUUGGAUCCCUGUUGAUAGUUUCUCCAAAGAAUUGCCUUGUGUUCAGGAACUUACUGUAUUAGAUUCCAAGAAUGUUCAGACCAAUUUCAACUAUUAUUUAUGUUUAUAACUUUGAUGUGGAAUUUAAAUUAUUUGUCAGAAAAAAGUAAGAGAUUUUUUGUCAGUUGUCAAUUUGGGCUUAAGACCAACAUGUACAUGUUUUCAUGGUCAAAGCCCAUGUUUAUCUACUCCAUUAAUGAUUACGGUACGGUAAUCUAUGUAAACUGCUGCAUGGCUUGUUCUGAACAAGGAGAUAUACUCUGCCAGCAGGAUAAUGCUAUUGGAGACUGAAUAGAUAUAGUUUCGUAUAAGAUUUUUUAGCAUUGGAAGAAUAUUUUCAAAUAAUUCCCGAUGUACUUUUACUGUCUGUGAUUUUCAUAGAGGUUGUUGUCCACUUAUUGGACAUCUUUGAUUGUGCUGUAAUAUGUAGUUUUUAAGAAAUAAACUAUAUUGUUUACAGAA